GUCGGUACACAAAUUAAUACUCCAAGAGAGGGACAGAUCCAAAUUGGCGCCCCUUUUCUCUAUCUUUUUCCUUUUUCUCUCUAAAAUCACACUCUCUCUCUCUCUCCAAAAAUUUCGACCAACGCAGAUUCGAAAAGCUCGUCCGCUUUUGGCUCGCCAUGUCGGUGCGCAGACGAACCUUGCUCAAGGUCAUCGUCCUCGGGGAUAGUGGGGUUGGUAAGACGUCAUUGAUGAAUCAAUAUGUACAUAAGAGGUUCAGUCAGCAAUAUAAAGCUACAAUUGGAGCUGAUUUUGUCACAAAAGAGCUACAAAUAGAAGACAGGCUUGUCACUUUACAAAUUUGGGACACAGCUGGGCAGGAGAGGUUUCAGAGUCUUGGAGUUGCUUUCUAUAGAGGGGCAGAUUGCUGUGUUCUAGUAUAUGAUGUAAAUGUCAUGAGAUCAUUUGACACUCUCGACAAUUGGCAUGAAGAAUUUCUCAAACAGGCAAAUCCACCUGAUCCGAAGGCAUUUCCAUUUAUAUUACUUGGAAACAAGAUCGACAUAGAUGGUGGAAAUAGCCGGGUGGUUUCUGAGAAGAAAGCGAAGGAAUGGUGUGCAUCUAAAGGGAACAUACCUUACUUCGAGACGUCUGCAAAAGAGGAUAUCAAUGUUGAUGCCGCUUUCCUGUCUAUUGCGAAAACUGCUCUGGCCAAUGAGCAUGAGCAGGACAUAUACUUCCAGGGCAUUCCUGAUGCUGUUUCAGAAGCAGAUCAAAGAGGCGGCUGUGCAUGUUGAGAGGGAGUGGGUAAAUAAUUUGAUAGCACUGUUUGCUACCCUCUGGUCACAUUUUUUUUAUUUGCCUUUUGUUGUGCUUUUGAUCCAUAACCUGUUUUUUUGUUCCCACGUUAGACUGAGCUCUUACAGUCGGGUGUUUUUGUGUAUUUGCUCUAUCGCAAUUUCAGAAGACCGUAGUCUUGCUUUGUCAAAUUUAAGGGGAAAUGAUUUUCAAUCUCCCUGUUUAUCCUCGUGCACUUUUUUUUUUUUUUUUUUGUGCUAAUGUACAACUUAUUCUAUAGUGAUUAAACAAUGUUUGAUCUCA